AAACUCUUGGUUUGUUGAAGAAAGAAGCAGGUAUGAAGAAUAGUGCUUUCCAUAUUUGUCUUCUGUGCCAUUAGACAAGGGAAGUCUUCUCAGUAAGUUCUGAAGAAGGGUCACCGGACCUGAAACAUUAACUCUGCUUUCUCUCCACAGAUGCUGCUAGAUCUGCUGGGUUUUUCCAGCAGUUUCUGUUCUUGUCUUCUCAGUUGACAUUCACACUCAAUUUCUUUCUCCCACCCAGAUGUACCCCGUGGCAAGCAGUAUGAAUCCCAGUCUGGGCACCAUGAACUCAAUCAACACUUACAUGGGCAUGAAUUCCAUGGGCUCCAUCGGGAACCUUUCUCCUGCCUCACUCAACAUGUCCUACACCAACCUCAGCCCGCCUCUCUCAGUGCUGCCGGGCACGGUCAGCCCCAUCACCAAUGGACUCUCGUCAAUGCCAAGCUCCAUGAGUCCCGGUGUGGGUCCGACUGGGGGUCAGACAGCGCCCGCCAACUCGCUGUCCCCGUACCAGCCCAUGGGCCAGACCUUGGGUCCCUUGGCGGUCUCGCCGGGUCUGAGCAGGGUCAAGGACUCCAAGCCUUACCGCCGCAACUUCAGCCACGCCAAGCCUCCCUACUCCUACAUCUCCCUGAUCACCAUGGCGAUCCAGCAGGCCUCCAACAAGAUGCUGACCCUGAACGAGAUCUACCAGUGGAUCAUGGACCUCUUCCCUUACUACAGGGACAACCAGCAGCGGUGGCAGAACUCCAUCCGGCACUCGCUCUCAUUCAACGACUGCUUCGUCAAGGUGCCGCGCUCACCGGACAAACCGGGCAAGGGCUCCUACUGGGCCCUGCACCCAGACUCGGGCAACAUGUUCGAGAACGGCUGCUACCUGCGCCGCCAGAAGCGCUUCAAGUGCCCGAAGGAGAAGCUCUCGCCCCGGGAGGCGACGGCCUCCUCUACAACCGCCGCCACUUCCUCCUCCGCCGCCAUUGACGGCGCCGUGAAGAAUUCUAGCCCCAGCUCCGAGGACGCCGAGUCCAGUCAGUGCGACACCCCACCGGGCACCGAGGAGAGGAGAACCCUCACCGAGCUGGGCUGCCAGAGGGCGGUGGGCAUCUCCUCUUCAGCGUCAGGGGUGUCGCCGUCGCCUCUGCCUCAGAAUAUGGCGGCUGCUGCCCACCACCACCAUCAACAACAACAGCAACAUCACCAUCACCACCACCAUCAUCACCACCUCCUCCCGCUGCUGCCCGACCUCCAGACUGACCUGAAGAUGGACCCUCACUACAGCUUCAACCACCCGUUCUCGAUUACGAACCUGAUGUCCUCCGAGCAGCCGCACAAAAUGGACGCCAAGCUCUUCGAACCGCCCACUCACUACAACAACAGCAGCGGCAGCAACAACAACAAAUACAACAACAACUCCUACAACAACAACAACAACAACAACAACACGCUGCUCGCCAAAAGCGGCUUCGAGGCACCCGGUGUCGCCAACGAUCCCGGCUCCUAUUAUCAGCUCAUGUACAACAGGUCGGUCCUCAACACUUCAUAAGUCUACAUGUCCCCCCCCCAUCCCACCCUCUCUCCAACCCCAGUCACCAACAAGCAAGGGAGAAAAUUGAGGGUGGGUGUGGGCGUUGAUUUCUCGAAAGGCCCCUCUUCAACUCGGCCACCUUGCCCCUCCCCCAAUCACUCGAGGCCUUUAUCUAAUUUCUUUGCAACCUUUCUUUAUGUGUGUGCUCCUGUCAGGAUUCCCAAGUUCAGACAUAGAACACAGAACAGUUCAGCACCAGUACGGGCCCUUUGGCCCUUGAUGUUUGUGCCAAUAUUUUACCCUACUCUAAAAUCAAGCCAGCCUACAUACCAUAUAUUUUGCUAUCAUUCAUGUGUCUACCCAAGUGUCACUUAAAAUGUCCCUAGAGCAUCUGACUCUAUUACCAUGUUGGCAGGGCAUUCCGCACACCCAACACUCUCCCCUAAACCUCCCUCCAGUCACCUUAAAAUGAUGCUCCAUUGUAAUAGCCAUUUCUGCCCUGGGAAAAAGUCUCUGGCUCUAUCUGUGCCUCUCAUCAUCU